AUGGAUUUCACCUUCCACCCGGGCACGAAUGGCUCCGCUCCCUGGGUAGAAUUCUACCCUUAUUACCCUUCUCUCGGGGCAGGAUAUGCCUUCACGGCGAUAUUCGGCAUCGCGACUCUCGUCCAUUUGGCCCUGAUGUUUCCCUAUCGAGCGGCCUAUUUCAUUCCGUUUUUCAUCGGAGGAAUAUGUGAAACAUUCGGCUACUACGGUCGAGCCCGAUCCCAUCCAGACCGCACCGCAAUCGGACCCUGGGCCCAGCAACAAAUGCUCAUUAUGUGCGCCCCCCCACUGCUGGCUGCCACGGUCUACAUGUCGCUGGGCCGCAUCAUCCGCGCCCUAGACGCAGAGCACCUCUCGCUGAUCCGCACCAAACGGCUGACGGUGCUCUUUGUGCUCAACGACGUGGUGUCCUUCCUGACCCAGCUCGUGGGUGUCGGCAUCCAAGUCACCGGCGACGAACGCGUCAUGAAAAUCGGGCUCAAGGCCGUCUUGGCCGGCCUGAUCUUUGCCCUCGUGGUGUUUGUCGGCUUUGUCUGGAUCGCGGUUGUCUUUCAUCGCCGGUUGAGGGCAGAGCAGACCGGCGUGGCUCGGGGGCUGAAGAUCAACUGGGGGCGCUACAUGUGGGCGAUCUAUACGGCGUGCUUGAUGAUGAUUGUGAGGAACUUGGUGCGGACCAUCGAGUUUGCUGCCCCCAAGGGAGCGGAUAUCCGCGACAAAGAGGUUUACAUUUAUGUGUUUGAUGCGGCGACCAUGGCCAUCACGAUGGGGGUCCUGGCGGUUUGGCAUCCGGGGAUGCUGGUGAAGCGGGCGAGGAGCGUUGGCAAGGCUCAAAGUCCGGAAAUGGCGCCGUUGAGUGAUUAG